AUGUGGCACAGGUCAGCUUCCUUCAUUCUCGGAAAAAACCAAAACGACGUCGUCACAAUGCCAGAGAGCCGCCAUCUUUCUCCGCCCUCAGCCGCCGCCGCUUCAUUAUCCAUGGCCGAUACCCUACAACAAACUAACCCUAACAUUUCGGCGUACUAUCAAACGAGAGCGGCUCACAUUGGGGUUGUAACUAGUGACUGGCUAGCUCAGGCUCAGGCUGCCGUCGGUGAUCAAUCCGAAGAGACUGUAUCAGUGAACUGUUCUUCGAAGUGUGGAGAUUCGGGUAAGGGUUUCAGUGUGAUUGAUGAGUUCGAUAAUUGGCGGAAACAGCCUGAUUUGGCUGAGGCGGUGGCUGCUAUUAGAGCUUUGGCUUCGGUUAUUCGGUCCAGUGAAGCUACUACAAUGAUGGAGCUUGAGAUUGAGCUUAAAAAGGCUUCUGAUUCUCUCAAGUCAUGGGACAAAACCUCCAUCUCUUUGACAGCUGGUUGUGAUUUGUUCAUGCGCUAUGUAACAAGAACCUCAGCAUUGGAGUAUGAGGACUUUAAUUCAGCUAAGUCUCGCCUUCUUGAACGUGCAGAGAAGUUUGGGGAAAUAUCUUAUAAGGCUCGGAAGAUAAUUGCGAUGCUCAGCCAAGAUUUUAUUUUUGAUGGUUGCACCAUUUUAGUACAUGGCUUCUCCAGAGUGGUUUUAGAGAUUCUGAAAACUGCAGCUCAGAAUAGGAAGCUUUUUCGAGUUCUUUGCACUGAGGGGAGGCCAGACAGGACUGGGUUACGAUUGUCCAACGAGCUAGCCAAGCUUGAUGUUCCUGUGAAGCUCUUAAUAGAUUCUGCUGUGGCAUAUAGCAUGGAUGAAGUGGACAUGGUUUUUGUUGGGGCAGAUGGAGUGGUUGAAAGUGGAGGUGUUAUCAACAUGAUGGGAACCUACCAAAUUGCUUUGGUAGCUAAGAGCAUGAAUAAACCAGUCUAUGUGGCCGCUGAAAGUUAUAAGUUUGCUCGUCUCUAUACACUGGACCAAAAAGAUAUGGUUCCAGCUUUACGUCCAAUUGAUUUUGGGGUACCAAUUCCAUCCAAGGUGGAGGUUGAAACUUCUGCUCGUGAUUAUACACCACCUCAGUAUCUUACACUACUAUUCACAGAUUUGGGCGUUCUAACACCAUCUGUAGUAAGUGAUGAACUUAUACAGCUAUACUUAUAGCCCCAAUGAAGUCUAAUUGUGGUAGGUACAUGUCGCAACAGGUACAAUUGAGUUUUCUUUAUCCAUUUUUUGUGUACCACCUUGUAUUACCGUGCAUUUGGGGUAUUCUCUCCAUUUGAAUAUGGUAUGGAAUGUACUCCUCUGUUUGCUCAUAUAGGUUACUCUUCUCCUUUUUGGUCUUUUAGGUAUUUAAUGGAAUCAUUGGUAUGUUGUAAUUGAUGUUAAUGUAUAGUGAAUAAACCUACAGUAGUUAGAAAACUGCUCUGUGUAAGAUCGUUGAACAGUUGAGGACCGGAUGAUGAACUCAAAGCUCUAGUAUAUGAAUUUGGAGGUCUAUCGCCGUUUGAAGA